UGGCGACGAUACUGAACACUCAGCUUCGAUCAGCCCAAUAGCUACAUAACUAUAGGUAAAAAAUAUAGCCUAUGAAAUGAAUAGAUAAAAUUAUCUUAUGCAGUUAUCAGACAUAACACGAGGAACAGAAAAGAUGAAAAAUAAUUAUACAAAGUUCAUGCUCCAUUUAAAGGGCGCACACAGAAAAGUAAACAAAUACAAAUCAUCGUUCAGAUGUCUCAGAAAUAUCAUAAAUUUUGAUGUAAACUCGAUUUCAACACGUUCAUCUAAUAGUAUUUUCAAUAUUUAUUAAAUUUUUUAAAAUAUGCUUUUCAACAAAAUAAGUCCUACUAUUUUUAGUAUAUUACUAUUUGUUUCAUUUGUUACUGCCCUUGUUCCUCAAGAUUUGUUGAUAACAAUUUUAAGUCAACAAGAAGGCUACAAUGCAGCUCAAGCCAAAUUAUUACAAGCUAAUAUUCAAUCCCAGUCUUUGAAUAAGGAACCUCCUGAAAUUAUUUUAAGUCAUAAAUUAGAUGUCUAUGGAUCUUGGACAAUAGUACCAUUAUUACCAUAUCUUCAUGAACAAAAUAAAACUGCUCGAUGGUAUAUAUUUUGUUUAGAGAAUACAGCCAUUGAUUUAAAUAAACUUUUAAACGUAUUGAACAAAUAUGAUGCUGAUAUUUACAAGAAGAUGUGGAUUGGAAAUGCUUUAUAUGAUAAAGAACCUACUAUAACACAUCAUUAUGCUGAGCACUCAAAAAGAUUUAAAUAUCCUAAUCUUGGUUCAGGAUUCGCAAUGUCUAAACAUUUGUUUGAAAGCUUAGUUAAUAAAGCAAAAAAUUACAUACCACCAAACAGAGAUUUUAAUGUAGAUGCUUCUUAUGAGUUUGCUACAUUUGUUUUGAAUGAAAGUAAAGGUAUUCGAUUGACACAUGUUCCUGAAUUUUGUGAUGUUUCUUCAACUAAUUGUGCCACUUAUCCUAAACCAUUUCAUGCAUGUGAUAAAAUUCGACUACCACAGAAAAUAUAUGUGGCAGUUAAAACUUGUGCCAAAUAUCAUGUAGAUAGAUUAAAAUUCAUAAAAAAAACAUGGGCUCGACAUGCGGAAAACAUAGGAUACUUCACUAAUGAAUUAGAUGAAAAUUUACCCAAUGGUUAUUUAACUCCAGACACUGAAGAGGGACAUUGCUCAAAAACAUUUUCUAUUUUAAAGCAAGUGGCUCCAAUUUUGAAAGAAAAAAAAUUAGAUUGGUUACUCAUAACAGAUGAUGAUACUAUCAUCAGCAUGGCCAGAUUAUUAAGAAUGUUGACUUGCUACAAUCCAGCAGAUUUGGUAGCAAUUGGAGAACGAUAUGGAUUUAGAUCUACUCAAAUACAUGGUUAUGAUUAUUUAACUGGUGGUGCUGGUGUUGUUUUAUCAACUCAAUUAGUUUUAGAAAUGAUUAAGCCAAAAGUUUGUGAUUGUCCUAGUUCAACAACUCCUGAUGAUAUGUUUCUUUUUGGAGUUUGCUUAGCACAAUUAGGAAUCAAAGUAACUCAUUCUCCUCUAUUUCAUCAGGCAAGACCAAAAGAUUAUGCUACUGUUUAUCUUGCAACAAAAGAACCAAUAUCGUUUCAUCAAUAUGCAAAUAUAGAUCCAAUACAAGUAUAUAAGGAAUGGUUUGAAGAUGACGAUGAUUUUCUACCUGAUUAUUCUAUAAAACAUUCUGAAUUGUAAAUAAAAAUGCAUUAGUAUUAAUUAUAAACUUAUGAAAUACAAAAAAAUA